AUGGACGGGCCUUCAAGCGACGGGGACUUCUUCCCUGCCGCCGACGGUUCCUUCUUCGCGGGCUCAUUCCCAGACGCCACUGUCAAUCCCGAGGACCUGCAGCACACGACCAGCAUAUUGCUCGAGGACCUCGAGAUCUCUUCCAAUGCCUCCCACAACGUCUUCUACGGCGACCUCAACGCCCAUGACUCCGGCGUCGACCUGAACGCCCAGUGGACGUCGCCAGUCAAGCAGGGCUCGGCCGAGCCGUAUGAGCAGUUCCUCAACAUGGGCGACUCCCCCAUGGCGUCAAACACCCCCUCGCCUGCCACAGAAAUCACCUUCAGCCAGUCCAACUCUCCAGGUGACUUUAUCCGCGACCAGAGCUCUGUCAGCUCACCAGAGGCUGCCGCCCCGGUCUUCAAGAAAGACCCCGACACGCCCGAGGGAGCCGACAUGUGGAACCCGUCGUAUGCACCAGACGCGAUCCUCAUUCCGCAGUCGAGGGACGCGCCCCAUGUGUCCAUGACACCGGACAGGACCAAGACCCGUGCCGAAACCCAGAUCAAGAUGACCCUCACCAUCGACCCUCUCGACAAUGUGGAGCACAUUAGGUUCCCCCGCAAGGCGCUCGCCAAGCCCAAGCAUUUCGCCAGUGAGGAAGAGAGGCAAGAGAUCGAGCAAAAGGGCGGUGUGCUGCAGAUGGACGUCCACCUGGUCUGCGCCACCGCCAUCGAAAACGCACAGGAUCGCGAAAGAGCUCUGCGGCGAGCCGCGGGCACCGAAGAGAUCCCGCGCAGGCCUGAAGGCGUGACCAUCACCGAGCUAGACAAGGAUGAUCCGUCGCAUCCGCAGAACGGAGGCCAAGUGCUCAUCUGCGACGGCUGCAAAGAGCGCGAGCGCAAGCGAUACGACCGCAAGAAGAAGCGCGGCGAGGACGAAGAGGAGUACCUCACGUACGAGAGCGACCGCGUCAUCAUGAUCAACGAAAAGGAGCACAGGAAAUUCAAAGAGGUAGAUGGUGGAGAGGCUCACUUCUCACCCCGUGCUCGCCAGGUCGAAUUCGCGAUGCGCAUCACAUGCUAUUGCCGACAUCAAGAAGAGAAGUCACCUAUGGGCUACCGCGUCAUCUUCACCUUCACCCUGGGAAAGACCAUGCUCGUGCAACACAUUUCGGACGUCUUCCACAUUACCGACGACCACAAGAACAAGGAGCCCUCUGCCGACGGACUCCCGCACCCCCUUACGAUCCCUCAAGGUUACGGCCUGCAUCAGUAUCAUCAUCAACAAUCGAACGUUGUGGUUCCCAUGUACCAGUUCCCGGAGAAUUAUGGUAUGAACGCUUACUCGCAGCCCACGACACCCAUUGUGGCGUCACAAUUUACCUCUCCCAUCUCGCCGAUGGACACCUCGUUCGGCCAAGGGAUCUCCCAGUCUAUGCCACCGGCGAUGGCACAGACGAUGCCUCAAUCGAUGUCUCAAUCAAUGUCACAAUCGAUGCCUCAAUCGCUGCCUCAAUCGAUGCCACACUCAAUGGCACAGCAAAUGACUCAGCCAAUGACAACAUUAGCACAGCAAGCUCGCCACCCUCCAGCUGCAUAUCAAACUGCUGGGCCAGCGAAUGCCCCUGCAUAUGCAAGACAUCAACGAGGUCACAGCUACUUUGACACCCCGAUGCUCAGUCCAACAUCGCAGAUGGGAUUCGGCGAGUCGCAUGGUCUUCCUCGUCCCCAAUCAAUGGACAACUUCAACUUCAACCCCCCAUGGAUGGCCAACAGCGCAGAUUUCCCGCAAUACUUCUCCUCCGCCCCGCCCUCGGCCGGAGGCACGCCGAUCAACCUGUCGCGGCCGGCUUCGCCCACCUGGGAGCAAGGCCCCAACAAGAAGGGCAAGACGUUACGGUGUGUUUACUUCUACGUAGAUGAGUAG